GCGCUGUUUGUGGAUUUGAAUCAGAGUCCUCGCGUCUUGUUUUGAAAGUAACGCGGCUGCUGUCAGCCUCUUUUUAUUCGGUAUAUUUCAAACUUUGGAUCGAGGUUGUUGAAGUUUCCACGCUGAAGGGCUUAUAUAUGUGAGCUCCAGAUUUGAGUCCUCUAAGGAUGUCCCAUUCCAGCAUAACAGACUGGUCUUCCAGUAGAAGUGGUGAGCGUACCCCUCUUAGAAGCCGGGAAAACGAGCUCCUGCACUUAUCGAGUCCUUCUUCGAGGCUCAGCUCAAAGCCGCAGCUCUGUGGGGAAGCUGUGAAAACCAGCAUGGCUAACCUUCGUCUCUGUGACACACAGACCCAGUUGGCCUCGUCUCCGUUUCUUAAAGGGACCCCGGUCGUUCCAGAUCCUGCAGAAACCGCUCAGGCGGUUUGUGGACUUGGAGAUGUCACGUUUAAGUCUUUGAAUUGUUCUGGAGAGGAAGUUGAGGUCCCAGGGUGGUUAGAUUGUGAAGGAAAUAGUUUGAUUUUGCCUGAAGUUGGGACCGUCGCUGUUGAAAUGGAGGAUACUGUUGGUUCACCCAGCAGGAUGGAACAGUCCUGCAGUGAGCAUGUAGAGCAUCCGUAUUACAAUCAGCCAGAUUCCCAGAGUGGAUCUCAUGGAGACUCUACAUUCCAUAUCCGUGAAACAGAUGAGAAAGAUUUAACUUGGAAACCAUCUGCUUGUGAUGGAGGUGAGGUUGAAGUUUUUGACUCCUCUGGAUUCCAGGAGGAAACUGUUCCUCUGCCCCAUAACGACCUCAGGGAUCCAUCACAAGAUGAUGGUCCAAACUCUGCUGAAGGCACACGGCCGUCUCCAGAGAAACAUGUUGAUCAUCUGUCCUGCAUCGGUGAAACGAGUCCCAGCUUUACGCCACUGGGAGCGGGAAAUCCCACUGAUGGACUAGCUGAUCUGACCUUGAAGCUGUUAAACUGCAGCGGUGGUGAGGUGGAAAUCUCAGAAGACGCCGAUCCUGCAGGUGACACCAUUCCCCUUUCACACACCAGUUCCGGCUUCAGUUCAUACAUUUGCGGCAUGGAUCCCAGUACUUUAGGCGAGGAAGAUGGUUUGGAAAGCGUUGAACAGCACUUAGACCAUCCCUACUAUGAUCCAAAAUAUUCCUCACCUGGCUUCGAUGAUCUGAAGGCUUUUCAGGACCUGUCGCCAUGUGGCGCUGAGGAGAGGAAAAUCGUAGACUGCGUAGAGCCCAAAGGUCAGGACGAAGGUACUGGUUUGAGCUCCGACAGAGUAACGGUAGAUGAUGCUGGGAAAUCAGACUAUUCCCAGGCGCCUGAGACGGUCUCCCAUCCACAGCAGGACCGUUAUAAUCCGGACUCUGUGGUCGAUUCAUCUGAAAAUCGCUCUGAUCAAGCGGAGAUGAUGGUGGGUGAAGAAACUGUAUCGCCUAUAAAUGCUUCCCUGACUAACCAGUCAUUGGAAGCUGUGGAAGCUCACUCUGAGAGUGCAGAACGUCCUGAAGGUUCUCCUUUAAACCCAGUCGUCCCCAGAACCAUGAAUCCUGCUUCAGCACAGACUCCUCUUCAUGAAGGCAUGCAGCAACAUUUGGAUUCUGUGCCCAGCUCCACUUCUAAGCCUCCUGAAGCCGGCGAGGAGAAGAACGCUGCGCCCGGCUCUUUGGGCCCCACACCCUGCAGCCCUACAGAGAGACACGCAUCCCCUAAUGUUUUGAAGAUGUUAUCAGAGUGUCCCUCAGUCGCCUCAGCUCUGCAGCUUUUCAGUCCCAUCGUCAAGAGAACGCCUCAGUCCUUCUGCAAGCUUCCCUCAGACUCUAAGUUUUUGUCUGAAGAUUUAGCUAUUGAGGAUGAGAAAAGUAUGGCUGCUCCUGUUAAUGUUGACCUUGCAGGUUUGCUCGCUGAACACCUCGAAAGCCCAAUGCCCCGGCCUCUGUUAAACUCCACAGAGUUGGACGUGCAGCCGCAGCCAGGCUCAGCUGCAGGACCGGAAGAUUCCAGGAAGAAGCCGCCGACCGAAGCCGCCCCACCAGAAUCCGAAGGCCAGUUUCAGCAGCAGCUGCGGCAGAUGGCAGAGCUCCUCUACGAGGUCUGUGGGAAGAUGGGCUCAGCUCCACCCCCUGCUGCCUUCAUGCCUCCUCCGGCCAAAGCUGCUCCUGCAGAAUCCCACAGCAUCGCCGUGGGCACCAGUCCUGUGAAAACGAUGGACCACAGUCUGAACACAUCUGGAAUAUUUGUGAGGAAGAGGGAAUUCUCUGUGGCUGAUUCCAGCACCAUGACCGACGCGUCCAUGUGGAAUUUCAGUUUGCCACCAGGGGGCCUGCAGAGCCUCCCCCGAGAGGAGCUGGAGCAGCGGCUGAUGUCCAGCAUGAUCAUGGUGGAGGUCUUAAUUCAGCAGAUUGCUGCAGCCAAGGCACACGGUCCGUCUUCAGGCCCGCCUCCUUCGGACCUGAGAGAAAAACUGGUUCAGACCGACCACACUGAGCUCAGUCAGACCACAAUGCACAGAGAGCUCUACUUGGAGGCUCUGAGCAGGAUAGGUGAACUGGAGCUGGAUGUUGCUUCUCUGCAGAACCUCAUCCAGGCUAUGCAGCACAUGAGAACUACCAUGUCCUCUUUGAAGAGUGGCACGGAUGCAGCUCUGUCCAGCCUGCAUGAAAUGGGUGAAACGGUCAGAGAAGACCAUCGCAGCAUUGCCUCACAUUACGAGCACAUAAAGUCCUUGAUGGGGAAGAUGAAGGAAUCCCAGGCGAGAAUGCUGGAGAAGGUAAAGGAAGCAGUUCAACAGAGGAAUGACAUGAGGACUCUGAUGGAAGAAGCUGCUACAGCAAAGGAGGCAGCUUUCUGUGUCAUGGAUCAGCUCAGGACGCACUGUGCCUCUGAAAUCUCAGCUCUGGAGAAAUGUGUUGGAUCUCAGCAGGAGCUCUUAGCUGCUCUAAACCAAGUUUAUCCAAAACAGGUUGCACUGAAAGAGGCCUGCAACGAGGCACUGAACUCAGCCUCCAAUCUUUUAUCUGAGACUACAGAGGAACACUCCAGUUUGAUGAAUGAGCUCUGCACUGUAAGGAGCCUCCUGAAGAAAACCUCCCCAAUACUGGUGCUGCUGAAAGACAAAGCUGCUGCUGCUCUGAGGGAGAGGGACCAGCAUUGCUCUGCAAGAGAACAAGCCGUUGAAGAGCGAGAGCAGAUUGAAGAGGAGCUGAAUGAAACCCAUCUGAAGCUUCAAACUGCAACGCAACAGAAUAGUGAUUUAAAACUGCAAAUCACAAUUCUGACAUCCGGUGAGGUUUAUUCCCCUCUGACUGAUUCUCUGCAUCAAUGUCAGGUUUCCUAACAUGUUUCUGUUUUU